GGAGCGGCCCGGGCCUGCAGUGAUGUCGGCGGCUCCUCCCCGGCUUCUCCCGGGCUCAGCAGAGGAAACAGGAAGAGAUUGAAGCCCGGAGCCCGGGAGACAUGGAGUUCAGCGGGGAGCAGGUGAAGCAGCGGCUGGGGAAGUAUAAGUUCCGAGACCUGACUAUCGAAGAGUUAAAGGACGUCCACCGAGCCUUCCCCAACUUCCUCUACUCCAUGGACACCUACACGUUUACAGACGAAUCUCAGAAGGAUUUGUUGAAUCUCUCAGGAACGGUUCCCAUGAAAUUUCAGGGCUCCUCCUAUAACAUCCCCGUGUGUCUGUGGCUCCUGGAUUCUCACCCGUUCGCCCCCCCGCUCUGCUUUCUGAAGCCCACACAGAGCAUGGGGAUCCGGGUUGGAAAACACAUAGAUAAUCAUGGCCGGAUCUACCUGCCGUACCUGCAGAACUGGAGCCAUCCCAAAUCCACCAUCCUCGGCCUGAUCAAGGAGAUGUCGGCGACAUUUGAGGAUGAGCUCCCGCUGUAUUCCCUCUCCGCUGCAGAAGCCGCCAGACAGAAGGAGCUCCUGUCCUUUAUCUCCCGGGUCACUGACGGGGUGUCUGCUGUAGAUGUCAGGACAAAAAGCAGCAGUAAAGUCACGGUGAUCGGAGGAGGAGAUUUGGCUCUGGCUUGUCUAUUGGCUAUAUCCGCCAAGAGGGCUGCGGACAAGCUGCUACUUCUUGACAUCAGUGAUGGAGGAUCGAAAGGUGGAGGAGCCACAGACCUGGAGCUCUUCUCCAUCCCAAAUGUGGAAGUCAGUAAAGAUCUCUCCUCUGUUGCCGACUCAAAAGUCGUAAUCAUAACGGUGAAUGCAUGGAGUAACGCUCAGUCCUAUCUGGAGGUCUUACAAAGAAACGUGGAUCUGCUGCGUGGAUUUGUACCAGCCGUGGCCCAUCACUGCCCGAACAGUGUGCUGCUGAUUGCCUCCCAGCCUGUGGAGAUAAUGACCUACGUGGCUUGGAAAUUCAGUGGGCUUCCCUCCAGACAAGUCAUAGGGAUUGGGUGUAACUUGGACUCUGCAAGGUUUCAGCAUAUCGUUCAGACGUUGGCCAAUUCUUCCGAAGAAUCACAGUCAAGCUGGAUCAUUGGGGAGCAAGGAGCAGAUAAAGUGGCGGCAUGGAGUGAUCCGGAUUCGGCAAAUAAUCUCAAGCCUUCUGCAAAAUUAUAUCCCAGGCUGUUCCAGGAACAGCUGACAAACAGAGCUCUGGAGGUCAUGAAAGGUAAAGGUCAGAGGUCAUGGUCUAUCGGUCUGUCUGUAGCUGACCUCACAGACACCAUUGUGCAAAAUAAGAAGAAGGUUCACUCCGUUUCUUUACUUGCUAAGGGAUUCUUCGACAUUCAGCACGACGUGUUUCUGAGCAUGCCCUGUAUGCUGGGAGAUGGCGGGGUGCUUGGGAGCCCCCAGAUCCUACAACAUGAAGAUCACGUAUCUGACGCUCUCCACAAAAGUGCCACCUCUAUAUAUGACCUGCAGCGGCAGCUGAGCCUGUGAGCUGCCCCAGGAGCUGGACUCCAUGAUGCUGUGCGUCGUCUCUGCAGUGCAGAGAGAACAAGGGGUUAAUCUGCUGCUAUUUUUUUCCGUUUCCACUGUUGUCCACACUCGCGGUCGGCAGCCAUUGUGGACCCCACUGACCCAUGGACUGGUCACUCACUGUCUUGUGCCUCUCGCCGUGGCUCCCGCUGUGUGGCUGGUACAUUGUGAUUUCUGACCCCAUUCACAAAUCUGAUCAUACUCUCAUUUUUUGCCUGUCCUGCUAUUGCUUUUAUGGGUGAUGACUUGGUGAGCGGCGGGCUCCUCUGCACUACAUUGACAUACGCGAUAUGUCUGACUUAAAGGGGUUGUCCAAGCAUCCUCAGGAUAGGUCAUCGGUAUAUGAUCGGAGGGGGUCUGAUGCCUGUCUCCCCAUGAUCAGCUGUUCGAAGAGGCCGUGAUGCUCUGUUGAGCGCGCAGCGCUGCCCGCCGUAUAGUGGCAGUGCUUGGUAUUGCAACUCGGCCCCAUUCACUUCAAUAGGACUUAGCUGAGCUUAGGCCACGUGACUGAUAAAUGUGACGUCACUGGCCUAGUAAGAGACCACGGCGCUCACAGAGGGCUACAGUCUCUUCAAACAGCGCCCUGGAGUCGGAUCAGAUACUGAUGACCUAUCCUGAGGAUAGAUCUUCAAUAUUAAACACUCGGACAACCCCUUUUAAUGCAUCUGUAAAGUUGACGCCAAUAUUUGGGGUCCAUGGAUGGAAAUGGCGCGCAGUUGCGGCAGUCAUACUGCAUUUUGCAUUCACAUCUUUGGGGGGAGAUAAACAGAGCUACGCGACUCGUAUUGCACGAAAGUCGCCUUUUAUUUGAAGGUGAACCCUGGAUAAAGGGGCUCUCUACUAGUACACACAGGGUUUCUUCAAAAUGCAGCCAUUCAUACACUAUAUCAGGGAUGGCCAACCUGAGGCCCUCCAGCUGUUGCAAAACUACAACUCCCAGCAUGCCCAGACUGCCUACAGCUAUCAGCCUACAGCAGGGCAUGGUGGGAGUUGUAGUUUGGAGAGCCGCAGGUUGCCCAUCCCUGCACUAUAUGCACUGCUAAGAGUGUAUGCAGCAAGUCCAUAGGAGCAGCAAUGUGGAGGAAGAACCAUGUCCGUGCAGCCGUGAUCCAGGAUCUCCGCAGUACACGGACUACACCGCUCCAGUACUGAUGACGUGUAUGAGCGUGAAACGCAUCAGUGUAUGGUCAGACGCGGGAAAGUGUUUCCGCCACAGAUUUUCACAUGAAUCCGUGGCAGAAUCCACAUGUUUUACUUGCAGAUUUGCUGGGAUUUCAAUUUAUUGCACUAUAAAGGGUAAAAUCUGACUGCAGCCCGUGCAGAUUUUUUUUAGGUAGGGUUUUUGAAAAUCUCUUGCAUAUAUUGUACUGUCACUUGUGCAGAUUGUGCAUCAGAUCCGCCAUGUCUGCAGAGUUUGCCGCUCAGUCCUGUCUCCGUGCAGCCACGGACCCUGAGGUCUCGUGUAUAAUAUGAUUAAAUCUUGUUGAAUUAAAUGACCCCCAUUUGUAAUACCGGGAAAACCC